AUUUAUGAAGGAUAAAAAAGGGAAAAAAUGUAGAACCAAGGGUGAGAUUUAGCAUCCCUUCCCUGCGAGUAUUAUCUGAAACCCGAGAACGCCAUUUGACAUAGCAGGAGCAGGAGCGAAUCCAAUGACGACGAGGUUCAAGAAAAAUAGGAAGAAGAGAGGCCACGUCUCCGCCGGCCAUGGAAGAAUAGGUAAGCACCGCAAACAUCCGGGAGGUCGGGGUAAUGCUGGUGGUAUGCAUCACCACAGGAUUUUGUUCGACAAGUACCAUCCUGGCUACUUCGGUAAGGUUGGUAUGAGAUAUUUCCACAAGCUGCGGAACAAGUUCUACUGUCCGAUCGUUAACAUAGACAAGCUCUGGUCGAUGAUUCCUCAAGAAGUUAAGGACAAGGCUUCCCCGGAGAAUGCACCUCUGAUUGACGUCACUCAGUACGGUUUCUUCAAGGUUUUGGGAAAGGGGCAGUUGCCUUCCUCUCAGCCCAUCGUCCUCAAGACUAAACUAGUCUCGAAGAUAGCAGAAAAGAAGAUCAAAGAGGCCGGAGGUGCUGUCGUCCUCACUUCCUAGGUUACUUCUUCUGUUGAGAAUAUAUGAAAGUUGGAUUGUUCUUGAUGGCUGACCCAAACCUCAAUACUAAUCGAACCUGUGACAUUGACACUGGGAGCCUGAUCCGUGGUUAAGAGAAAACCAGAAACUCGAGUGUGACCACCACCUUUGAAGUGAAGUAGCAGCUUCCUCUUCAGUGUUGAAAGAAUGGAUGUCAUUGUACCAGCAACUUUCGUAGAAUUUGGGUAAAAUGUGUUGUGUUCUGUUUGCUUGAGUUUACUUCUCUCUGUCAUUGGAUUUCUCAUCGUUUUCUCCUC